GAGAGAGAGCUUGAAACGUCCAAGCGAACGUUUGAAAGGAGCCUCUCUGAACUAGUUUCCAUAGUCGUCGAAAUCUCUCUCUAUAUCUCUGAGAACAACUCUGAGCUCAUCCUUCGUAGUCUUCCUUUGGAGAAAGCAUCUCCCAGGCUUCUUCUUAGGGCCCCGUUUUAUCACCGAAAGAUAGAUUUUUUGGCCAGUAUUUUGUGAUAUAGGGCCGAAAAAUCCGUGAUUCCACUUCUAUGCCGCUUGAGUAUCACCUAUUCGCGUAGAAAAAGACGAAAUCUGUUAGUUUUCUCAAAUCUGUUUUAUUUGCCAUUCUGGUAUAUUUUUUCUCGUUUUUGUCUUAUGGUUCCCUCAAAAUCUCCUCUUCUGUCUGUUUUAGUUAGAAUUUCUAUUGCUUCUCGUUUUUAAUGAAUCCAUUUGAGAACCAUCUCUUAUUUUUCGGCUACGAAAUUUGUUGAAGUUUUCACUCUCGAGCUUCAGUGUGUCACAAGAACCUCUUUUGGCUUUGCCUUGAAUCGAAUUUUUCGAGGUCUGGAGCUUGAAAUCUUGGUAUUUUCUUAAUUAUAACCGGGAAUCCCUGCUCAAAAUCUCUUCUUUCCAGUUCUCCAGCUGGGUAAUCUAUUGAAUCUUUUGGUGUGAUCUCAUACUCUGUUCCUGUUUCCUAUCAAAUUCUCCUAGGAGUUGCUCUCGAUUCUAUUUGACAUCCUUAUAUCAAAUUCUUCUCCUCAACUUGGGCCAAGAAGCAUCUUUGGAUCUCAUUUGGCCAAAUUUGUCCAACUAUUCUCAACCACUUUCAAAAAUCUUUAUAUAGAAUAAUUUGUCCGGAUUUAGUUGUCUUCUUCCCUAGUAAUUCCAUGGGCAACGGAUUGAUUUGCAUGCCAAAGAGGGAUUUGAGAGGUGGCGUCGGGUCAAGGAGCAAGAGGACCUCGAACUCGAGGUCACAGAGGAAGACGGUCUCUGAAGAGGAGCUGUUGCACCGCCAGGCCCUGGCGAUGGCAAUCCAGCAGCACCAGCUAUCGCAGCGGUUCAAUGGCUCAAUGUCCCGGAGGAUUGGAUCCACAAGCUCUCGGCGGCGGGACCUCCCUGAUUCAAUCACAAAUGGGAGACAGGUCCCAGCUUCUCUCGAGAAUCUUGAAACAAAGAAAAUUGUACUGGUACAUGGAGAAGGAUUUGGAGCUUGGUGCUGGUAUAAGACCAUUUCUCUGUUGGAGGAGGCAGGACUGCAUCCUGUUGCUCUGGAUCUCACAGGGUCUGGGAUAGACCACACAGAUACAAACAGCAUAACAACUUUGGCAGACUACACAAAGCCGUUAAUUAAUUACCUGCAAGAUCUUCCUGAGGAUGAUAAGGUUAUUUUGGUUGGCCAUAGCUGUGGAGGUGCAAGCAUAUCAUAUGCACUAGAACAUUUCUCAAAAAAGAUCACGAAAGCAGUAUUUCUUAGUGCCACAAUGGUACAGGAUGGACAAAGACCUUUUGAUGUAUUUUCAGGAGAACUAGAAUCUGCUGAUGUUUUCUUGCAAAAGUCACAAUUUCUAGUCUAUAACAAUGGAAGAGACAAGUCUCCUACUGGCCUUGUGUUGGACAAACAACAAAUUAAAUGUCUAUACUUCAACCAGAGUCCUUCCAAGGACAUAUCUUUGGCCGCAGUUUCAAUGAGACCCAUCCCUCUGGCACCAAUCAUGGAGAAGCUGUCUCUAACCCCUGAAAAUUAUGGCUCUGUCCGGCGGUAUUUCGUUCAGACACUUGAUGACCACAUGCUCUCAGCCGACAUCCAGGAGAAGCUGGUCCGGGAGAACCCACCUCAUGGGGUCUACAAGAUCAAAGGCAGUGAUCACUGCCUUUUCUUCUCAAAGCCACAGUCUCUGAACAAAAUUUUGCUUGAAAUCGCCCAGCUCUCAUAGAUACUGGUUUCACGAGGUUACGGUAGAUGAGAUGAGCUACAAGUUGGGGGCUGUAUAAAAUAGGAUGGCAAAAAGGAUUCACAAAAAUAAGAGAUUUUGUUAAAAAUUCUGGAGGUCUGGGAGGAGAAACAUGCUUGAACAAAGUUGAUCGGACAGGAUAAUUCUUGAUAAGUUAAUGCUUGUGAUUCCAAAAGCUGCUUUUGUCCAUCAAGUAUGGGGAAUUGAUCAAGCAUAUAUUGUUUAUUUUGCUGGGAUUAAGCCCAGUCUGUGUUUCAGCAAAUGCUAAUGUCUUGCUAA